AUGACGGGCACAUUACCAAGGAUAGAAAAGGGGGCCUUUAUUUCAGGGAGAAUUCAGGACGGGCAGUCCAUGAAGCCGGUCCCUCAGCCCUCCGUCCUGGCUCAGGAGUGCUCUCCCGGAGGCCACCAGAUCCUGCAGAACCCUCGGAGGAACGUGGCUUUUGAUGUCUCCGAAGUGCAGCCGCCCACAGAGCUGAUUUGUGACCGCUCCCUCCGCCCAGGGUGGUACCGCUUCCAGCUCUCGGGCAGCCCCGCCGAGAUGCCCACCGCGUGUGUGAAGGCGGGCCGCUGCGGUACCCAGGUCCCCCUCUGGUUGUCCCUGCGAGGAGGGGAAGCCCGGCCGCUGCCGGGGGAGGCCGCGCCGCUGACCGCCUGUGCCUCCUGGGACUUCCUGGGUGCUGCCCAGGACUGCUGCCUGUUCCGGAUUCCCGUGACCGUGAGGAACUGCGGCCCCUUCCUGCUCUACUUCCUGCAGCCCACCCAGGGCUGCAUGGGCUACUGCGCAGAAGGUGAGGGCGCGUCCCGGGCCCCGCGUUCAGAGACGAGAAACGGCCGCCGAUGGCCUCGAAAGAGCGAUGACGCGCUCCCAGGUGCGCGCCUGGUACGAGAGCCCGGGGCUAGAUCCCAAGCCCCCAGGGGCGGGCAGAUGCAGGAGCGGGCUCCCGAGCCCCGCGUGGGGACCCAACCAGAGAGCCGAUCAUACACCGGUGGCCUGGGCUCUGACAGGCUGCUUCCGCCCCGCGUGGCCAGCCCCGGCCUGAGGAAGCAGAAGUCGGCAGUGUCUGUGAAGGUGUGGACGGCAGCCCAAGCUUCCGUCUUGGGCUCGGCCACCUUGACCCUUGGCGGUCGAUUUGCAGGAAGAAAUAUCGAGAUGUUUCUCCUACUAGGUCCUCCUGCUGUCCCAUCACCGCCCUCCCCUCCAGGAGCCCUAAAGGUUGAGCUCAAGUGGAUUGCAACCAAGAUCUUUCUCCAGUGCACCUUUGAGGGGUCCCCCACAAACAGCUCCCUGGGAUUUGUCAUUACUUGGUCCAGACUUUCAUCAGAAGGAUUCAGAGAGGAACUGAAGGAGGAGAUCACGGUCGAAGAGUCUUCGCUCUUAGAACUUGAUGGCAUAAACCUUAGACUUGGAGACAGGAUUUUCUGUGGCGUGUCUGCCUUUUUCCGGGAGAAACCCGAUAUACAAAGUGUUGUCAUCGAGAGUAAAGAGUUCUUUGCCGGCAUUAAGCUCCAGCCAGAGGUGAGCACUAUCUCGGAGGACGGGCAGGAGCACCAGCUGAGGUUGGAGAGCACAGUUCCCAUUCUUUGUCCUGAACCCGGCCAAGGAUGCAAAAUCUCCCUGACGUUGAAAACCAUUGACCAGGGUAUUGAACAACAAGGUUUCAAUUUGGCUCUUUCUCGUUGUCAAGUGGACCUUCCUGAGACGACAUCCUGUGAGAACGGAACCUGUAGCCGGGCGGUCAUUUAUUUCACAGCCAUAAUAGAUUUUUCACGGGAUGGGGACAGAAUUUCUGAGAUUGCGGUGGAACCCAUCGUCAGUGAGAACUUCCUGUGGAGCAGCUACAUCCCUGAAAGCAUACAGAUCAAAGUAAAGGAUCUUCCCACAGCCAGUUGCUAUUCGUUUACUGAUCCUCACAUAAUUACACUGGAUGGAAGACAUUAUGAGCACUUCAAGACUGGAACUUUUGUGCUCUACAAGAGCGUGUCCCGAGACUUUGAGGUCCACGUUCGCCAGUGGGACUGUGGAAGCCUUCACUACCCAGUGGCUUGUAACUGUGGCUUUGUGGCCAAAGAAGGCGGCGAUGUGGUUGCGCUGGACAUGUGCAGCGGCCAGCUCCAUGAGUCACAGCCCUAUCUGUCUGUGAAGAGCAGAGACCCCGCCAGCAACCUCAAGAUUAAGGAGUCUUACUUAGGAAGAAAAGUCACGGUCUUCUUUUCUUCCGGAGCCUUUGUUCGCGCCGAUCUCAGUGACUGGGGCAUGAGCUUGACGGUCCAGUCUCCCGGCUCGGACUACGGGAGUACCCGGGGGCUCUGUGGCACCUUUGAUGGAGACCCGGAGAAUGAUUUCCAUGACAGACGGGGCUCCCCCUUCAAGGAGCGCCCCGAUCCCUAUCUUGCUUUUAUCCGUGAGUGGAGGCUCUCCCCGGGAAGGAGUAUGUUCGAUCAACUCCCGCUUCCUUCGAAAUCUCCUGGAAAAAUCUCCUACUGCAGCUGUGCGGGAGCCGAGGCCGGGUCGCGGUGGGUCAGUGCUCCGGCCAGUCCCUUCCAGUCGGAGAGCGCUUCGGGCUGCAGGGACGCCGAGCGCGUCCGACGUCCUUCCUUGAUACCAGAACUGGACGUUGCGAUGGAUGCCGUCGGCGCUGACGGGCCGAGCAGAAGCUUCCGGAGGCGUUCGUUGAAAGAAGAAAAACAUCCAGGUCCCUUUUUUCCAAGCCAAGAAAAAUAUGCUCAUCUCACAAGAGGGGAAUCGGAAGGGGCCCUUGGCCAGAAGAACGGCAGAGGGAAGCCGGCUCCUCCCCGAGAAAGGCCGUCCGUCCGCAGCAGGCAGAAGAGAGAGCGUCUGCGGGAACAUCUCCCCGCCUUUUCUUUCCCCGAUCUCAACCCCGCCGACCUGGAAGGCCUAAGCUACUUUUUCCCCGAGGACCACGCUACGGACGCCCAGCGAGAGCUUGCGCCCUCGUGGCCCACGCCGUCGGGGCUGACGGAGGCGCGGGCGGGCGAGGUCUGCCGGCAGAGGCUGGCUAACUCCAGCAUCGGGAGGAUCUGCGCGGGUUUUCUGGGCGAGAGGAUGGCCAGCGCGCUGGCGAUGUGCGUGAAGGACGCGCUCCUGAAAGACGACCUGGGCUGGGCGGACGCGGGGCUGGCGCUCCUGGAGAACGAGUGUGAGAGGAGGGUCUUGGAGGAGGGAGCGCACAGCCCGGAAGGCGACGGCCGGGCCUCUGAGGACGUCCUCCUGGCGCUGAGGUGUCCGGGUUUGUGCAGCGGCCGCGGACAGUGCAUGGAGUGGGGCUGUGCUUGCUCCCAAGGCUUUAGUUCUUUCGACUGCAGCGUCUGGUCUGACCAGGCCCCGGAAAUCACGGAGCUAGAGAACGCUGGCUUGUGUGACAUCCAGCUCGGCGGCUGCUCGGCGGUGAGACUUUUUGGCCGCGGAUUCAGGGAGUCCCGAACCCCUAAAUGUGAAAUGACCCCGCAGCAGUAUAACGGUAGCCAAGGGAUCCCUGGAGCACCCGUAUACACAGAGGUCGUCUUUCAAAACAGCACAACUGUCACCUGCCAGCUGCCUGCCCACGUCCAGAAGUUACCCACAAUGGACCAGUGGGGAGAUGGGCCAAUUGUAAAGUGGCAAGUCAAGGUUUCUAACGACGGCCAUCGCUUCAGUAACCCCCAGAUCCUGACGCUCUAUGACGGGGCUUGCCAGACGUGUGACCCCCGAGCCGAGGGGCGCUGCACGUUAAAGGAAAAGCUCUGCCUCGUGGACGGCCGCUGCUACCCGGAUGGGGCGCCCAGCCCGACCGGCCCCUGCCGGCUCUGCAGGAGUGACCUCUCCAAAUGGACGUGGUCGGUGUCCCCAGAUAACCGGCCCCCCGUGUUCCACGAAGCCCCGCAAAGACUCUGGACGUUUUAUGGCGCCAACUUCACGCAGCAGCUGCGGGCCACCGACCCGGAGGGCUCCCCCGUCUCCUACACGCUGCGCUCGGGGCCCCCCGCUGCCAGCGUCUCUUCCGGGGGCGUCCUGCUGUGGAAAGCCCUGUCCCGGGGCACGCACACGUUCACGGUCAGCGCCGCCGAUGACUGCCACGCCGAGGCCACGGUGACCAUCGAGGUGUCCGUGAAGCCCUGCGACUGCCUGAACGGCGGCCGGUGUGUGCCCCGAGGGGGUGGCCCCCGACGACGCGGGCCGGGGUUUGAAGGCCAGGCUUGUGACUUGGACGGGUGCGAGCCCCGCCCCUGUGGGCCGGGCCAAUGCGGAGAAGCCCCCGGCCAGCACUCCUGUGAAUGCCCACCUGUGGGCCAGGCUGGAGUUUCCCCAGUCAUUCAGCAGGCCCUAACUCAUGCCCGACCCCUGUGCCAGCCUGUGGGCCAGGCUGGAGUUUCCCCAGUCAUUCAGCAGGCCCUAACUCAUGCCCGACCCCUGUGCCAGCCUCAGGGCCAGGCUGGAGAUUCAAGGGCAGAAGGAGACGGUCCUUGUGACCCAGCUGUCCAUAAAUGCUCCAAUUGCCAGGAAGACGUGGACGAAUGCAGGUCCGGCCCCUGCCUCCCUGAAGGACGUUGUGUCAACGUUUUGGGUUCCUAUCGUUGCGACCCGUGUCCUGGAGCCGUCCACGGAGCCGGGCGAGCGUGCCAGGUGCCCUACCCUCAACCUGUGAGCCGUGACCUGGGCCUGUUCCCUGGAUUUCGAGCCCUGACUGACACGUCCAUCGCAGGGGAAACCGUGCUUGGGAGUGAGCUGAUUUCCGGCCCCGCAAGCCCCCAGGACUCUGAAGAGAAGGAGGCGGAAGGGACAGAAGCCGGCGGAGGUGCUGCCGAUGAGAAAGAAGGGAGCAUCUCUUUUCUAGAACUGCUGGUGGUUUCCUUCGGGCCCUGGCUGGGGGAGGAGCGUGGCCCGUGGCGGGGCCGGGGUGGGUCCCUGCAGAGGGAGGAAGGUGGGGCAGCCAGGCUCAUUGGAAGCCCGUCAAGCACUUCGAGUUUGCCGGUGUCCCCUCGGACGUGUCGUCUGGGGCGGGAGAAAAGACCGAGGAAGACGCCCGGUGCCGACUGCCUGAUGAACAAUCAUCGGACAGACCUGCCCAAAGAGACAAACCCCCUGUGCCUGGGAGAGUGUGCUCGGGGGCUGCAUGAAGUGGAAGGUCCUCCUGGACCCAGGAGCCCUGAGCAGAAUGAGGGGGAGUCAGACUUCCUGGGCCAGGGGAAGGACGUGGCCCGCCCUGCGUGGCCGUGUGGGGCAGCAGGGGCCAUGGGGGGCAGCAGGGAGCCGUGGGGGGCAGCAGGGGGCCGUGGGGAGCAGCAGGGGGCCGUGGGGGGCAGCAGGGGGCCGUGGGGGGCAGCAGGGGGCCGUGGGGAGCAGCAGGGGGCCGUGGGGGGCAGCAGGGGGCCGUGUGGGGCAGCAGGGGGCCGUGUGGGGCAGCAGGGGGCCGUGGGGGGCAGCAGGGGGCCGUGGGGGGCAGCAGGGGGCCGUGGGGGGCAGCAGGGGACCAUGGGGCGAGCCAAGCGCAGUCGGGGGCAAGGCGCCCUGCCCGUCGCUGCCCCUCAGGUGGCUUCCCGGGGAACCCUGGGUAAUUACGCCUUGGGCUGGGCCGUCCCGGUGUUCUUGGGGGCGCAGACAGAUGAGCCCGGAAGGAACUUUGCCCACGCUAAGGGCUUCGCUGAAAGCCGGGUCCUUAAAUACCAGGGACUCCCCGGGCUUCCACCGACCGGAGCAUUUGGGCCCUCUGCGCAGCCCUGGGCGCUCGGCGUCCCAAGCUUCGCCCACGGGCCGCCAUCCCCUGAAGAAGAUCCCGCGGUCACCGGCCGUGCUCCCCGGGCGUCCCUGUCCCCGCCCCUUGUGGCUUUGGAGGCGGCCCCGCCCGACGUGACCCCAGCUGUGGACGGCGGCAGCCCCGGCCUGAGGCGGGGGCUGGCGGAGGUUGGCGGCCCAGGCCCUUCCCCAGGGGCCUCCGGGACCCCGGGCAGCCUCCAGCAGGAAUCGGGAGCCGGUCCCAGCGCAGUCUCCGCGUCCCCAGCAACGCCUGAGAGGGACCAGAGCUCCCCCGCACCCGGGCCGGCCGAGCGGCUCCCCUGCGCCGACUCCCCCUGCUUCCCCGGGGUGCCCUGCGCGGCAGCCCCAGGCGGAGGCUUCCAGUGCGGCCGCUGCCCCUUCGGUUACUACGGAGAUGGGGCCCAGUGCAAAGCCAUCUGCAGGCACCCCUGUGGCAGGGGCAUGGAGUGCGUGCGCCCCAACGUCUGCAGGUGCAAGGCCGGCUUCUCUGGCCCCGGCUGCCACACAGCCUCCUGCAGCCCACCCUGCCGCCACGGCGGGUCGUGCUUGGCUCAUAAUCUCUGCUCGUGUCCCUACGGCUUCGUGGGACCAAGGUGUGAAACAGCGGUCUGCACCAAGCACUGCGAGCACGGCGGGCAGUGUCUCGCUCCCGACGUCUGCCAGUGUCAGCGGGGAUGGUUCGGCCCCACCUGCGCCACAGCUUUGUGUGAGCCAGUCUGCCUCAAUGGCGGAAUCUGCCACAAGCCAAACAGCUGCCUCUGCCCCACUGGAUUCUUUGGUUUGAGGUGUCAGAACGCGAUCUGCAGUCCUCCCUGUAAAAAUGGCGGCCAGUGCGUGAGAAAGAACGUGUGCUCCUGCCCCGAGGGGUACACUGGACAGAGAUGCCAGAAAAGCAUCUGUGACCCCGCGUGCGUGAAUGGCGGCAGGUGCGUGGGGCCCAAUGUCUGCUCCUGCGCCUCGGGGUGGCGAGGGAGGAGAUGCGGCUCAGGUAAGAGCUUCUGGGGAAACUCCUGGACCAAAGGGGCCAGUGAGGCAGCCUCUCCAGGGCGGUGGCUAAAAUGGGGGCCGGCCCUGGCCUCCAGGGCUGCUCUUCCCCGGCGGCUGUCCCCCAGCAGCUGGAGGGCUGAGAGUGACCAGCACACUCCGCCCUCCACUCCGGCGUGUUGCCUCCGAGGGAUCGCCCCCCUGCUGUACUCGGCCUUGGCGCAGCCGCUUCCAGACCUAGAGCUAGGAACCAUGAUUCCCAAAGAGGAUGAGGAGGGAGUCUCUAUUGGGGCACCGGGUGGGGAGGGCCCGAUGCUUCUGCUCCGUGUCCGAGGUCCUAGGUGGGAAGAGUUGGGAGCAGGAAGCCUCUCUGGGCGUCCCCCUCCCACAGGGAUGACGCAUGUACCCUGUUUUGCAGCCCUUUGUGAUCCGGCGUGUCUGCACGGGGGCCGAUGCGUCCUCCCCAACGCCUGUGCCUGUCGGCCUGGCUAUGCUGGGGCCCUGUGCGAGAAGAGAGGCCCGGCUACCCGCGUGUGAGGCGGCCACGGAGCGGAGGCUCCACCUUAAGGCUACCUCUCGGAUCCCCAGGAUUUACCGCCCCCAGGAGUUCUCAUUUGGAAAUGGAGGAAACCCAAGCCCAGGGUCCCAAAGCAGCACAGGGCAGAACUGGGAGCCACACCCGUGCA